AUGGAACUGGAACACUUUGACAUCGGCAUAAACCGAGUGGAGCAGAGGGAGGAAAAGGUCUACUACGUCAUCCUCAUUCAGUACAAAGACCUCAAAUACGAAGUCAGCAGGAGGUACAGCGAAUUUGAAGAGCUCCACUGGGAGUUACUGCACAUGGGUUUUUCAACCCUGCCAAACUUACCCAAGAAAAAAUUAAUGGCCUACAAAAACGCAGAAUAUAUCAGUUACAGAAAGAAGGUACUCAACUCGUAUGUGCACAAUUUAUUCAUCCGAGCGGACGUGAGAUGUUGUGCAUUGUUUCUGAACUUCAUUUUAUUUUACGACAAAAUUAAUUUAUCCGUUGAGGUGGUAAAAACGAAGCUGCUAAACAGCAUAGGGUCGCAGAAAUUUUCGAUGAGCGAUUUGUACAUUAACGAAAAAUACAAUUUCAUCAUUUGUGUGUAUGAAGAUAAGAGCAAUUUGAGCAAACUGGGGAAGUUGUGGUCCAUCAUUGAGCCAGACAUAGUUGGGGAGAUAAAGGUUUUCACGUAUAAUAACGACUUGACCUCUACAUUCUGCGAAACGUAUAAAGAGCAAACUGUGUAUAAGGCUCGAAACAUCGUCUGCGCGGAAUUGCAAAAUGAAGUGAUUAUUUCAGGAGAUGAUGGGAAAAUUCACAUUUACAAAAUUGACACCCAAUUGUUAACCCUAAUUUAUGUGAAGAAUAUCCCCUGCCAUAAUGACACCAUUUUAAAAAUGAUGAGCUUCCAUCCUGACCUAUUUUGCACCUGUGGGUAUGAUAACGCCUUCAGAUUGUUACGUCUAGGUGAUUAUAAAAUUCUGAGCGGGGGACGGUGCAAUAAACGUUUGGAUAAGGACAAAAUUACCACAUGUCACCUGCUCAACUAUAGCAAUAUCGUCCUUGGGACCGACUGUGCGGUUUUCUUCAUUUACAAUAUGAUGAGCAAUCCCCCCCUCUACCUAGACACCAAGAAACUCAAAAAUGGGGAAAAAAUUAACUGCUUCGCUAAUACGGAUAAGUACCUAUUUAUAGGCUACGAUAACAUCAUUGCGUGUUACAAUUACCAUUACAACAGUGAGGCGAAAAAUGCGAGGGGGCUAACUCCAGGUGAGAACUUCACCGAAUGUGUGGCUUACCAGGACCCGCCUGGAGGUAGUACCCAAACCGAUGGGCAAACGAAUGAAAAGCAGCCGCUCAUCACCAAACUGAUAGUUGACAACAACAUGUCGGCGCAGUACGUCCCCCCGUUGCUCUACGACAAUACGGUCCUAUCCCUAAGCGUUAACAAAGAGAAAAAGGUCCUCUACGCAGGGUACGAAGAUGCAAUUGUUAUAUGGUCUAUAACUAGCGGCCUGAUCGUUUCGGCCUUCCAUGGACAUACAAACGGGGUGCACUUUUUAAAAUUUUUGAGCAGCUCAGGUUUUUUGCUCUCAGGGGGAGAUGGGGGAAAUUUAAAAAUAUGGAAAAAUGACAUAGAUAAUUUCCAAAUAUGGAAGCCGAAAAGGAGGACUUACAAAGCCAACGAACCGGUAGGAAUUCCCCACCAAGCAGUGUACGCCGAAUCUUCCGCCCACAAAAAUAGUCAGCAUAACAAUUUCACCUUUAACGAGAGCGAAGAUGGUGAUGACCCUGAUAGUAGAAGCAACGCGCAGAGCGAGUCCCUAUCCAUUGACAACCUGUUGGGAGAAACGAACAAGAAAUAUGACUACCAAGUGUAUGACACGUCUAACUACAAGAAGGACCUAAUCAACUACAACGCGUCGACAAACAUAAACAGUGUUGACUCCUCCAGGAGUAACCUCUUUUACGAUAAAAGUGUGAGCAAUGCGCCGCAGGAGUUUCCGUCCGAUGCGAGCAACUUGGAUGUGUGUAUACUCACAAGCAGGGAAGAUAAGGGCAGAAGCGGUAGCUACGACUGUAACGUUGAUGUAAAUUUUAGCAAAGGGGAUAACUCCUUUCAUGCACCGCUCUAUGGCCAGGACUUUCAACAGAAUUAUGCGCAGUACGGCGUAGCAAACGAGGAGGUAAAGUUCCACCAGGGGGGGAAAAAUGAGGAGCGUUACCAGCAUGAUCAGUACAACCUGCGCGGUCAUAGCGGUUAUGGAGGGUCUCCAAUUGCACAUGGUUACGAAGCCGGCCAAGAGAAGGGGGGUUCCCACGCAGAGGCACACCACGAUGAUGGCCACCACAGCGGUGCUCACCAUGGAGGUAUUCUCCACAGUGGCGCCCACCAGAUGGACGCGUAUGGAGCGAAUUACAACAGCGCCACGGCCCUUCAAGCGCAGCACAGCCCCGACGGGGGCGCCCCUAAUUCGAUGGAUAUGAAGCACAUUGAGGGGGACCAGUUCAGCAACUUAAAGAGGGACAUCGUUUACGUCAGUGACGACGACGACGAUUUGAUUUCAGCCUUUAGGUAAUCCUUUUUUUUUUUAAGUCCAUUUUUGCAUCAAUUGUGUGCCGCCUUUUGCGCCAAGUGUGUGCCCCUCUUGGGGCCAGUUUUGUUCCCCUUCGCUCCCGCCGCAUCACGCGGCUGAACCGUUUCUCUUUUUUUUUUGUGUGAUAAUAUGUGCCCCCCAUUAUUUGCGGAGUAGUCCAUUUCUUUCAUGAGCACCCAACCCGCUUCACCACAACGCCUGAGGAACUUGCGCCGCACGGUUAACCCCUCCCCGCGCUAUUAUCAAAGGGGUAAACAUUUGCAGAGACAGUCCCGCGCAUCCGCUU